AUGCUCAAGGAGGGCGGAGCAGGGGCAAGCAGCAAACAGGCUCGAAAUGGACCGCACAAGCACCGCCGGGACCUGUCUGUGAACCUGGCCGCCCGAACGUCAAAACGGCCGUCGGGAGUAAAGCACAACCCGGAGGAGCCUCGGCAACAGUCGCAAAUCCCGCCCGCAGACAACGUGAGAGAGCCAAGGGCGGCAAGACGCGAUGAGGGCUUCAGUGAUGAGGUGUGGGAGCAGCUGCAGCAGGACGCAGCUGCCGAGACGCAGAGGGAGCUGGAACGAGGCGCUGAAGGCGAAGCUGGUCAAGGACCUCCUGGCGGAGGAAGACAGGCGCAGGAGGAAGCCGAGGCAAAGGAGAAGCUCAAGAUGAGGGGCAAGUGCCCCGUGGGGUACCACUGGGUCCGGCAGCAGGGGGAUAUCGUAAAACGGUGGGGCCCGCCAAGCAUGAUAAGCUACCUAAGUACCAACCUAUUUUUCUCUCUUUUCACGUUCGAGUAG